AUGAAGAUGAAGAUUGGCAAGGCCCCAGUGCUCCUGAAGAAGGCGGCGGCUAUCUGCAAAAGCAAGACCGGCGUCGUCAUGGCCAGGCUCCGCAUCCUCACCUCGCCCCACCGCAGGAUGGCCACGAUCGGCGCCAUCUCUCACAGGAUCCACACUCUCAUUGUGGAAAAUCAGGAGAAGGGUGCCAAGGUGGACUACCACAAGACCUUGGUCCGCAAGGUCGAGAGGCAGGCAUGCCAUGGGAUGGUUGAUGAUCUGUUUCACCAUCUAGCACAGUUUGAUGAAGAUGAUGGUGUUGGUGGCUGUCCUAACUGGACACUUCACCCGAUCUUCAGCGACGGUGAUAAUUGUUGUUACACUUAUGGGUAUGACGACAAUGACGAUGAUGAAGAUGAGCCCUCGGUGGUGGAUGCAAUUAGGAGCAACCAGGAGGCUGCGGAGUUGGCAUUCAACAUGGACGACGAUAUCGACCAGGCUGCUUAA